ACCCCAUUCCCAUUCCCAGCUGGAGGAAUUCCUGAACCACUCGUCUCCCAUCUCCAUCUGGGUGGACGGCGAGCGCCUGGACUCGCUGCUGGAGCGCGACGAGCGCCAGGAGCGGCAGCUGCAGGACCUGGAGGAGCGCUUCGGCCUCAUGGAGGACGGCGUCCAGGACAUCUUCCUCGACAGCUCCCGCGUCCAGAGCCGCCUCCACCCCUUCUUCCAGGCGCCCUUCGGCGGCUUCCGCGAGGCGCUGGGGCCGCCGGUGCAGCGGCUGCGCCUCCCGCGCCGCUCCCGGCGCUUCUCCGGGGACUUCUUCCCCUUCUUCCCGCACCGCCACGGCGGCUUCCAGCAGCUCUUCCAGCCGCUCUUCCAGAUCACCCAGCGCAUGCUGGAGGACGCCCAGGGCAGCUGGGAGAAUCCCACCGGGGAGUUCGGGACAGAAUCCCGGAAUUUCAGCAACGACCGGAUGGUUUGCCGGGAGAUCCGGCGGAACUCGGCCGGCUGCCUGCGGAUGAGGGAUGAGUGCGAGCAGUGCCGGGAGAUCCUGGCCCUGGACUGCGGGCAGGAGGAUCCCUCCCAGCAGGAGCUGCGGGAGCAGCUGGAGGACGCGGUGCGCGUGGCCGAGCGCUUCACGCGCCGCUACGAUUCCCUGCUCCGCGAGUUCCAGGAGGAAAUGCUCAACACCUCCGGCCUGCUGGACCAGCUGAACCGCCAGUUCGGCUGGGUGUCCCGCCUGGCCAACCACUCCAUGGGCUCCGACGGCUUCCUGCAGGUCACCACGGUGCUGUCCAAGGCUCCGAACCCCGAGGACCCCUCGGUGCCCCCGGACACGCAGGUGACGGUGCAGCUCUUUGACUCGGAGCCGCUGGCGCUCACCGUGCCCGGGGACAUCCCCUGGGACGACCCGCGGUUCAUGGAGAGCGUGGCCCAGCAGGCGCUGCAGCGCUUCAAGGAGAACGCCGUAGAGUAGCCGGGCAAUGCCGCCGCUGCCGCCCCUCCGGAUCCCCCUUCCCGGGGGGAAUUCUCAGCAUCGCUGCCACCUCUCCCCUCCUGACCCUUCCUGCUGCCAGGACCCUGCUGGGCCCCAAACGGAAAAUAAAGGUAGAGUUGAACACCCUGGAA